CUCCCUUCUCUAAAGUCCUGGGAUCCAAAUGGUUAUCAGAACUUCUUCUUCUUCACCUGCUGCUUCUGCGUCUGCUGUUUUGUCAUCUUCUUCUUCUUCUUCUUCUUCUUCUUCAACAAUUGCUCCAAAAGGUAAUCUUUCUUCUUUAUUCACAUACUCACAUGAACCCACAACUUCAAAUUUCACAUCAUCACCAAAAAAUUCAUUUUUCCUCUCCUCUUUGUUCACCAAGCAACAUAGUCGUAGACCCACUUCCUCAAAUCCCAAAAUUUUACCAAAAAACUCACUUCCCAAUGUUCCAUUCCAAACCCCACUUGAAAAUUUCUUGAAAAUAAGUUGUGUGUCAGGUUAUGUCAAUCUCAAUGAAGCAUUGCACUGCUUUGAUCACAUGCUGUCUUUGCAACCAACACCACCAAUGUCAUCAUUCAAUUAUUUACUUGGUGCACUUUCUAAGAAUAAGCAUUAUUCUAGUGUGAUUUCACUUUGCCAAAGAAUGAAUUUAACUGGGUUGUUGCCUGACUUUAUUACUUUAAACAUUUUACUGAAUUGCUUUUGUAAUUUGAAUCGAGUUUGUGAUGGUUUUGUGGUCCUAGGGAGUAUUUUGAGGAGAGGUUGUAGUCCCAAUACUGUGACUUAUACGUCUUUGAUUAAGGGGUUAUGUAAGGAGGAUAGGAUUGGUGAUGCAGUUGGUUUGUUUAAGAAAAUGGUCAAGGUGGGUUGUAUGCCUAACGUGAUUACAUAUGGGACUUUGAUUAAUGGGUUGUGUCGAACGGGGAACACUGGUGUUGCGCUUAAGUUACAUGUUGAAAUGCUAAACGGUCAAUUUGGUGCCAAUUGUAAGCCUAAUGUAGUUUGUUAUGGUACCAUUAUUGAUGGGCUUUGUAAGGAUGGGUUGGUAGAUAAUGCAAAAGCACUUUUCUUGGAAAUGAAGGGUGGGGGAAUAUUUCCAGACGUGGUCAUUUAUAGCUCUCUAAUACACGGUUUUUGUUAUGGAGGUAAAUGGGAGGAGGCUAAAGGUUUGUUUAAUGAAAUGGUGGAUCAAGGUGUCCAACCUAACUUGGUGACAUUCAAUGUGUUGAUAGAUGUUCUUUGCAAGGAGGGUAAGAUGAAGGAAGCAAAUGGAUUAUUAGAAUUGAUGGUUCAAAGAGGUGAGGUUCCUGACAUGUUUACUUAUAACACAUUGAUGGAUGGGUUCUGUUUGGUAGGUAGACUUGAUGAGGCAAAGGAGCUUUUUGAUUCUAUGGCAAGCAAAGGAUGUGAACCUAAUGCUGUAAGUUACAAUGUGUUGAUGAAUGGAUAUUGCAAGAAUUGGAAGAUUGAGGAAGCUAUGAAUUAUUAUAAGAGAAUGAUUCAUAAGGGAGUUAGGCCAACAGUUAUAACGUAUAACACCUUAUUAACAGGUCUUUUUCAGGCAGGUAAGGUCAAGGAUGCACAUAAGCUGUUCGGUGAAAUGCAAUUUAAUCAUUUGGUACCAAAUUCAAGUACAUAUAAUAUACUCCUCGAUGGGCUUUGCAAGAAUGAGUGCCUUCCAGAAGCAAUGGAUUUAUUUAAUACUUUAGAAAAUAUGAAGUUUGAGCCUAGCAUUGAAAUUUUCAACUCUCUCAUUGAUGGGUUGUGUAAAGCAAAGAAACUUGAACUUGCUUGGCAGAUAUUUCACAGAUUAUCCUAUAGAGGCCUAGUGCCAACUGUUGUAACAUACUCCAUCUUGAUUCAUGGGCUUUGUAAUAAAACAGAUUUGGAAAAGGCAAAUGAUUUGUUUCAAGAAAUGGAAGAAAGGGGUUGUGCUCCAAAUGUGGUCACAUAUAAUACGCUUAUGCGUGGUUUCUUCCUGAAUAAUGAGUUGCCAAAAGUAGUUGAACUUCUCCACAAGAUGGUGGAGAAAAAUGUGUCACCAGAUGCCUCCACAGCCUCCAUAGUAGUAGACUUACUUUCUAAGGAUGAAAAAUAUCGAAAAUGUCUGAAUUGGCUUCCAACAUUUCCUGCCCAGAAGCCUGAGGAGAGAUGAGUAAUGAAUGUUGACACUAGUGUGAGUUUCACAAAACAAACCUAACUUCAAAGUUCUAAGGAAAAGGUUUAACCCUUAAAUCACAAGUUACAAAAUGUGAAGGCCCACUGCUGCCAUUGUCCAAAUGUCCAGUUUGACUGAAUGGGUAAAAAGUUUCAAUGGUUUGGUCAUUCUAGGCUAUGAGUUACUUGAGAAUUGUAUUAGAGAUAUGAAUUUUAUUCAUCCAAAAUUCUAAAUUUGUUGUGAUAACUACCCAUAUACAAAAAUUGCAGGAUAUUUAUGCAAGAAUCCCUUGCUAGAAUACCUUUCCUAGCUUACUUUUCUGUUGUUAUCUCUAUUUGGUCUGUAUUUCUUUUUGUGAUAAGUAGUAUUAUUUUUUUGUUAGCCAUGCUAAUGUGUAGACCCAUCUGAUUACGCUUGCAAACCCAUUAAAGGGUUCUGUUUGAUGGUUUGAGCAUC